UACGGUCACACAGCCCUGAAUGUACAUAAACAAGGUCGAAAUUCGCUCGUCAAACAUUUUGCCCCCAAACUCGUAACCUGCUGAAUAAAUCCCCAAAGAUGUCGGCCAUUCCGGGACGUGCCCUGCACUACGUUUUCAAAAUCGGAGAUAGGGCCAAAAACGCCUUUUUCUUUCGCCAAAUAUUGGGAAUGACGGUGUUGCGGCAUGAGGAAUUCAAGGAGGGAUGCGAUGCCGCUUGCAACGGGCCCUACGACAACCGGUGGAGCAAAACGAUGGUGGGUUAUGGACCCGAAAGUUCGCAUUUCGUCAUUGAGCUGACUUAUAACUAUGGAGUGAGCAGCUACGAAAUGGGCAACGACUUUGGCGGCGUGACCAUACAUUCCAAGGAUAUCCUUUCCCGGGCCGCCGAGCACUCGUAUCCUGUGAAGCAGGUGGCUGGAAGGGCGGGCAGCCUGCUGACCUCGCCAGAUGGCUACAAGUUCUAUGUGAUCGAUCAACCGUCCGCUGGCUCCGACCCUGUCCAAUCGGUGGAGCUGAAUGUGAGCAAUCUCCAGAGCUCGCGAAAGUACUGGCACGACUUGCUGCAGAUGCAAGUGCUCGAGGAGGGCGAGGGCAGCCUGCGCUUGAGUUACGGCGGUGAGCAGGCCUCCCUGCAGAUCACCCAGAUCGCAGAGCCACUGAACAGGGCCAAGGCCUAUGGACGAAUUGCCUUUGCUAUUCCGGCGGCCCAGCAGCCGCCGCUUCAAGAGGCUGUGACAGCAGCCGGCGGCGCCAUCCUGACGCCCCUGAUCACCCUGGAUACGCCUGGCAAGGCCACCGUCUCUGUUGUGAUCCUCGGCGAUCCCGAUGGCCAUGAGAUCUGCUUUGUGGACGAGGAGGGAUUCGGCCAGUUGUCGCAGGUGGAGGCCGAUGGCGAUCAGCGGCUGGACAAGAACAUCGAAAAGGAUCCCUUCCAGCAAAAGUGAUCCCCACGCCGGUGAUCCUGAGCACUGAUAUUUGUACACACCACUUUGUAUUUGGAUUUUCUAUUGCUGUUAUGGUUAUUGGUUGUCGUUAAUGAAGAUUUACAUAUAUUAUACUCACAUUUUCAA